UGGCCGGGGGUGGCAGAGCGUGGGGACACUGCCGUGGUGCCCCCGGGUGACAUUUGGAGUGGCCGGGGGUGGCAGAGCUUGGGGACAGUCCCGUGCCCCCCCCUGCCACUCGGGGCCGCUCUUACGAUCCCCGCGGUGUCCCCUGCGCGGUGCCACCCCCGCGCCACCACCCCGCUGUCCCCGCAGGCCGGCGCCUCGCUGACCCCCACGCACCGCGCCGGUUUCUGCGCUUUCUACGGCGAGUGCGGCCGCAACCCCGAGGUGAACGCGUCGCUGCUGCCCUCGGCCGUGCCCUGCCUGUCCAACAGCCCGGCCCGGGAGGCGCGGGGGCCGCUGCUGGCCCUGCUGCGCUCCGUGUGCCCCGAGCUGCUCACCGGCGACGGCGACAACGCCACGGCGCGCGUGUGCUGCUCGUACUCGCAGCUGCUGGCGCUGCAGGCCAGCGUGGGGCUGUCGGGCACGGUGCUGGCGCGGUGCCCGGCGUGCGCCCGCAACUUCGCCAACCUCUACUGCCACAACAUCUGCAGCCCGGACCAGAGCCUGUUCACCGAGGUCACCCGCGUCACCAACUACACGGCGACACCGGGGCAGGAGCCGCUGCAGGCCGUGCUCGAGUACCGCCUGUUCUACCGCCGCCGCUUCGCCGAGGCCGCGUUCCAGUCGUGCCGCGGGGUGCGGCUGCCGGCCACCGGCGGCUUCGCCAUCGCCACCAUGUGCGGCCGCUACGGAGCCGAGCUGUGCACGGCGCAGCGCUGGCUGGACUUCCAGGGCGACAAGAACAACGGGCUGGCGCCGCUGCAGAUCGACUUCCAGCUGCUGCCCGAUGCCGCAGAGCCCGGCCAGGGCGUGGAGCCGCUGGACGCGCCCGUGUGGCGCUGUGACCAAGCGCCCAGCGCUGCCCAGGAGCCCUGUUCGUGCCAGGACUGCGCCCUGGCGUGCCCGGUGCUGGUGCCGCCCUCGGGGCCGCCGCCGCCUUUCCGCCUGGGGAAGGCCGAUGGAUUCCUGGUCAUCAGCGUGCUCAUCUUCGCUGUGCUCGCCGUGGCCUUCCUGGYGGCCGUGCUGUGCCGCAGGGGCCGCGGGCAGGCGGCGCUCAAGCCGGUGUCGCCGGUGUCGCCGGGCAAGCGCGGCUGCUCGGAGCGGGCGAGCGAAGCGUGGCUCGGUGCCCUGGAGCGGGCGUUCCGCUGCUGGGGCACGACAGUGGCUUCGCAUCCCGUGGCCGUGCUGCUGGUGGCCGCGGCGGUGGCCGGAGGGCUCUCGGCCGGGCUGGUGAGGCUGCAGCUGACCACGGACCCGGUGGAGCUGUGGUCAGCUCCGGCCAGCCGCGCCCGGCAGGAGAAGGCGUUCCACGACCGCCACUUCGGGCCGUUCCUGCGCGCCAACCAGGUCAUUGUCACCGCGCCGGGCCGGCCCGGGUCCACCUACGAGUCCGUGCUGCUGGGGACCAAGAACUUCAGCGGGGUGCUGGCCGAGGACGUGCUGCGGGCGCUGCUGGAGCUGCAGGACACGCUGGCGGCCACCACGGCCUGGGCGCCGCGCUCGGGCAGGAAUGUCACCCUGAGCGACGUGUGCUACGCGCCCCUGAACCCCGCCGAGCCCGGCCUGGGCGACUGCGCUGUCACCAGUGUCACCCAGUACUUCCAGAACAACGGCACGCGCCUGGCGGCCACCGCGCCGCAGGAGGAUGGCGACCGCACGGGCACCGCGGACUGGCUGUCCCCGGUCGCUCGCUGCCCCCUGACGUGUCGCUGUCUCUCUCUGUCGCUGUCGCUGUCCCCUCAGCGCUCUCUGGAGGAUGAGAUCAACCGCACGAGCGGGGAGGACAUCCCGGUGUUCGCCAUCAGUUACCUGCUGGUGUUCGCCUACAUCGCGCUGGCCCUGGGCGAGUACACGGCCUGCAGGAGGCUCCUGGUGGAGUCCAAGGUGACGCUGGCUCUCGGUGGCAUCGCGGUGGUGCUGGGGGCCGUGCUGGCCGCCAUGGGGCUGCUGGCCGUGCUCGGGCUGCCCUCGUCCCUCAUCAUCCUCGAGGUGGUGCCGUUCCUGGUGCUCGCCGUGGGCGCCGACAACAUCUUCAUCUUCGUGCAGGAGUUCCAGGUGCGCGGGGCGGCGGUGGGGGGGGUCCCUGAGCCGCCCCUCCCCCAGGUGCUGCUGUUCCUGUUCCUGGCCUGCUCCGGGCUCUUCCUGAUGUUCCACGUGUCUGUGGGGCUGGACCAGGAGCUGGCCCUGCCCGAGGACUCGUACCUGCUGCAGUAUUUCUCGGACCUGAACCAGUACCUGGCCGUGGGUGUCCCCACCUACUUUGUCACCACGGGCGGGUACAACUUCUCCUCUGCCAAUGGCACCAAUGCCAUCUGCUCCAGCGCGGGCUGUGACACCAACUCGCUGACCCAGACCGUGCAGCUGGCCACACGCUUCCCCAACGUGUCGUACCUGGCCAUCCCAGCCAACUCGUGGGUGGACGAUUUCCUGGACUGGCUGAGCCCCAUGACGCGCUGCUGCCGCAUCCACCAGGAGGGYGACAACAAGGGCCAGUUCUGCCCGGCCACCAGCG